UCUAAUUAUAAAUUACACAACAACAACAACAACAACGCUAUAAGAUGAUGGAUGAUAAAGAUGAACGUGAAAUUAUAAUCGAAAAAUAUCGUAAAGGUCGUGAUAAAUUAGAUAAAGAUGAAAUUAAUGCAUGGGAAGAUCCAGAUUAUGAUAUUUAUCAUGCAACUGAUCGUUAUGGUUUUAUACAUGCCGAACGACUUCCAGAUCGAUUACCUGAAUAUGAAACCAAACUCAAACUACAAGAAAAUAGUCGUUUAAAUAAAUGGCUUAAAAUGCUCAAACAAUGGGACCAGUAUUAUCCAGAUUCAGAGAAAAUUAAAUCACGUACAUAUAAAGGAAUUCCAAAUGCAUUACGUGGUGAAGUAUGGGGACGUUUAUUAAACAUACAACAAUUGAAACAAGAACAAUCAGGAAAAUAUGAAGAAAUGUUAGAUUGUGGUUUUCAAUACUCAAAAGAUAUUCGUCAAAUUGACCUCGAUGUUAAUCGAACGUAUCGUAAACAUAUUAUGUUUCGUGAACGUUAUAAUACAAAACAACAAAUGUUGUUCAAAGUAUUGGUCGCUUAUAGUGUUUAUAAUUCUGAAAUUGGCUAUUGUCAAGGAAUGUCACAAAUUGCCGCACUAUUAUUAAUGUACAUGGAUGAGGAGGAUGCAUUCUGGUCAUUAUCAGCUUUGAUGUCAAACGAAAGACAUGCUAUGCAUGGAUUUUUUAUACCGGGCUUUCCAAAAUUAUUACGUUUCGCUAAACAUCAUGAUAAAAUUAUCAAUAAAUUUUUACCAAAAGUUUGGAAACAUUUCAAGAAGUAUGACAUUGAUUCGACUUUAUAUACGUUAAAGUGGUUUUUUCAAUGCUUCCUUGAUCGUGUACCAUUUUCAUUGACAUUAAGGCUAUGGGAUGUAUUUUUACUUGAUGGUGAAAUCAUUUUAACCGGUAUGAGCUAUACAUUGCUCAAAUUACAUAAAAGAUCUAUAUUGAGAAAAUCAAUGGAAGAAACGAUUGAAUUUUUACAAAUUGAAUUGGAAAAAGAUUUUGGUUAUCAUGAUGAUUCAGCUAUACAGGCAUUACAACAAUCAGUGCAAGAAUUAAAGAAAUAUAAAAUGCUUUCACCUGAAAGACCAUCGGAUAGUGAAUUUCCAUCACGGCCAUUCGGCAUAAUUGCCACUGAACGUAUGGGUUUCGAUGAUCAAAGCAUUGCCGGUAGUGUACGAUUGAAAGGUAAUGAUGUUUCAUCGGUUUGUACUAGCCGUACCAGUGGUAGCCGUGAAGAUGUUGGAUCAAUUUCACUAUACGAUAAUGUAUCCAUCAAUGAAAGUAUUGAAGCAGCUAAACUUUCCAGUCGUAUGUCGAAUCAUUCAACAUCAACACAACCACAUCGACAAUCGAACAAAUCAUUAUCCAAUAUAUCGCCUGAUUUAAAUCGACCUAAUUCAUCGAAUCGUUCAUUAAAUGAUGAACAAAAUAAUCAUAGACAAUCACCAUCACAAUCAUCAUCGUUAUCGUCAAGAGAAAAAUCCAUAGAUGAAAUUGAAAAUGAAAUCAAUCAUUUGAGUGCCGAUCUAGAUGAAAAAUUGAAUAGUGCAAAUUUAUUCAUUUCAUCUAUUAAUCAAAGAAAUCGUGAAAAUAUUAAAAAAAUUAUCAUCAAUGAUAAUAAUGGAACCAUACCGACAUUCAAGAAUAAUUCAUCAACAUAUAAACGUAUAAUAACAUCAACUACUCGUCAAAAUAUUCAACAUUCAUCAUCACCAUUGCGAACAAAUUGUGAUAUGAAAAUUCAUUCAACAAUGCCAUCUAGUACAGAAGAGGCGAUUAAAAUAUUGAAAAAUUUUAACAUAAAUGAAUCAUCAUCGAAUGAAAAAAUGACAACAACCAAAGUGAUUAUCGAUAAUGAUGAUAAUCAUAAUAAUAGUAGUAGUGGCCAUACGGUGACCACCACAACAUCACAGUAUUUACGUAGUCAUUCAACACCAUCACCCAUAAUGAAUUCUCAUAUUCAUCAUCAUCCUCAUCAUCAUCAUCACCACCAACAUCAUCACCAUCAUAAACAUCAUAAUCAAAAUGUUUGGAUAUAA